UAAAAAUGUGUAACAUGGUUUCUGUAAAUUAUUGAGUUCUGUGUAAACCUCAAAAUCCAUGACUUCAGACGAAAAUGGAGCAUCCAUCGAUUAUAAGGCAUCUAUAAAUAUUAAUGACCAGUAUGCAUACCAGAUUGCAAACAAGGCAUGGUGUCGUAUACUACAUAAACUUAAAGGGCACAUAGGAUGGCAUUUCCAACGAGAACAGCCUUAAAAUUCAUCAAAAGAACAAACAAACAGAGGACCAGUGAAACAACCUCUUAAAAUUAUUGGACAGGGGUUACCCUAUCCACCCCUAACUGCAAUUAGGUUUAAAUGUAGGUCAACUUGUUUAAAAACUUAUCUAAAUCCCUGUUUAUACCAUUAUGUAAGCAUAGCUAGCCGUAUAUAUGCUAGAUAGAUUGAAAAUAGAGCAGAAAACAUAUUUUUAUGAAUUUGUCAAAGUCCAAAAAUCCACCUCGUUCAAAGAAACUCGUGAGAUCUGUAAUUGAUAAUUAUAAACAUCAAUUAUGCUCUACGGAUAAAAGAGUAACUGUUUUAUAAAGAAUUUAGCAAUAAUUUUGGUCUUUUUACUGUUAUAACUGUUUUAAAUUUAUAUUUAUAUAAUAUAGAAAUCCAACAAUAAUUCCAUUUGUGUCUGGAGAAGAAAAAUCAAUCUCAUGUCUACCUAUGGUUCACAUCGCUGGACUUAUGAUAGGGAUGUUGAAUCCCAUGUCACAGGGAGCGGCUACUGUUGUUCUACCCCGGUUUGAAGCAGAAUCUUACCUCAAAGCUAUUCAAAAUUUUAGGGGAACGUUCAGUUUAAUAGCACCACCACUUGUGAACUUUUUUGCCAAAGACCCAAUGGUAUCCAAAUACGACGUGUCUAGUCUACAUACACCAUACUCUGGGGCUGCCCCAUUAAGUAAAACUUUAACUGAACAAAUGGUACAUAGACUCAAAUUACAGGGAAUAAGGCAAGGUUAUGGGAUGUCAGAAACAAGUGGCGCUAUAUUCACAGAUCCUAUUGGUUGUUAUAAAUAUGGUUCAAUCGGCAAGCCAGUACCCAAUACCAUAUCAAAGCUGAUUGAUAUUGAAAAUGGAGAAACUAUUACAAAGGCAUUUGAGUCUGGUGAAAUAUGGGCAUGUGGGCCUCAAAUUACAAGAGGAUAUUUAAACAACGAAGAAGCGACCAGGAAGUCUAUCACAGAAGAUGGCUGGAUAAAAACAGGUGAUAUAGCUUACUAUGAUGACGAUGGCCAUUACUUUGUUGUUGACAGAUUAAAGGACAUUAUCAAAUACAAAGGGUAUCAGAUAUCUCCAACCUAUCUGGAAUCUAUACUGUUAUCCCAUGAUGCUGUAUUAGAGGCAGCAGUUGUUGGGGUACCAGCUGAUGUUUUUGGUGAAGUUCCAAAGGCUUAUGUUGUACUUAAAUCACAUGCUGAAGCAACAGAAAUACAGAAAUAUAUAAAUGAACGAGUGUCUCCAUUUAAGAAACUUCGUGGUGGCUUGGAAAUUGUGGAGGAAAUUCCUAAAUUACCAAGUGGAAAAAUACUCAGAAGGAAACUACCUCAAACAGAUAAUGGAAAAGAAAACAUCAAAUAAACUAUUAAUUAUUGAA